AUGAAGAAAUAGAAUUUACAGAUAGAGUUUGAUUGCUGCAAGGACAACUUUGAAGAGAGAUAUAAAUAAAAAAAGCAUAAUUUACAUGAUCGUUUAUUCAAUUAGAGAUCUAAAAACCAUAGAUUUGUUUCAUUAGGUGGAGAUGCUGAACUAAAUGGAGUAUUUGGUUUUUGUGAGAAAAUUUCUUAUAAUGCAGAUGUGGCUCUCUUUUUUGAUAAUUAAUUCAGACCAUUUUCUAAAUAUGAAAUUUCUUUACUUUUUAUUGGAGAUUUAGGUACUUUAUGGGCAAACAGUAGUUUUUUGAGCCAUUUAACAAUUAAACUUAGAGGCUUUACUUCUUAAGUAUGGAUUAUGCACACAGGGUGCGGAAAUCCUGAUCUCCACUGUAUUUAUUAUAAACAAUUUAAUUAAACAAAUCAGAAGAUAUUGGAUAAAGUAAUAAAAAAAUUUGGUUUUAUUGCCCUUUGA